AUGGCUCAGCGAUUUACAACAACAACAACAACAUCAUCAUCAAUUGCAAAUGAAUUAUCAGCAUUGUAUUCGGAAAGUGAUCAAUUGUAUUCAGCUCAUAUGAACAAUGAUUCGCCCACGGCGUCUCCAUUUCGCACUCCAAAUCGAAUGAGAUCAGGUUUAACAAUGAUCGAUAAUGAUGAUACAUUUGAUAAUACCUUAUCUACAACAAUUUGUAAUCCGUACGAGAUUCGUACACUCAAUGAAAACAACAUGGCUCGUAAGAUGAUUCUACCAGUGUUUCCACCAGAUGGAUUGAGAUCGUCAACAACAGAUACAUCAUCGAAAUCAGUUCAUCUGUUAUUAACAAAUGUCUGGCUUGAACAAUUCAGUGAUGAACAAUUUGAACGCAUACGUCGUCAUGCAUAUUUACCACUUUUUAAAUUAGAAAUGGACAAAAGUGUUCCUCUCAAUACAGAAGCAUAUAAAACAUGCAUGAAACAUUCCUAUAUGUGGAAUUUCUACCAGCAGUUGUAUGUUGAUACAAAAAAGCGUUUUCGAGUUGAUAUAGCACUCAUUGAUUACAAUUUGCAACGUCUCCAUGAAUGUCUUACUACCGUUACUACUCAACGUAAUCUUAAUCAAAAGUCCUUAACUUGGGAUGAGAUGAUAUUAGCAUUGGAGUUCUAUUUACAAAUCGAUGUUGAUACAUUCUGUUUGAAAACAUGCUCAUUCAAUAAUGUUCAACCACGGGUCUAUGAUCAUCAACGAGAAGGUCUCUUUAGUCUUGCUCUACCAGAAGCACGAUUUGCAAUUAGACCAUGUAAUAGUCGUUAUUGUCAUUGUUGUCAUUCACCAUGUCAACGUCGUUAUACAACUGAUGAGUCUGAACAUCAUCAAGCCAUUCCUUUUUCAAUUCCACAUAUUCAUCAGUUCGUGAAUGGGUAUGAAGCUAUUUUAAAUUGUCCAGCAACUUGUGAAACAACGGAUUGUAUCUAUGUAUUAACUUGUCCAUGUGGCAAAUUUGAUUAUAUUGGUCAUACAGUUUCAUCGUUUGCAACAGCAUUGGCAUAUCAUCGAGAAGAAGGUAAUCGGAUCAUGCGAGAAUUCUUUCUUGGUGAAAUCAAUACUGAAUAUCUUACACAUCGUCUGAAAUCCGAAGAAAAACGAGCCAACGAUCAAUUAUGGCUCUAUCAACAUUCAACACAAUGUUCGGCUGCUUUAGAAAUCUUCUUGGAUGAAAAUCCUAGUUAUUGGUGUUUUGUACCAACAAAAGUGGCUGCUCCGAGUUUGAGCAAUACACCUUCUCGAAAUUCACCAUCUCUUCGAACAAGCACUGAAUCGUCAUUUACUUCAGUCGAUGAAUCUACACGAUUACGUGGUGAAGAAGAAAUUCGUUUUCUUCUGCGUAAUAUACCGAAACCACCAUCAGGCUUCGUAUUCUCUGCUCAACAACGUCAACAACAAGCACAAUUCUUUCAAUCAGCAAGAGAUCGUAUUGUGCCACGUGAUCUUCCCGAUCUUUACAAUGCAGAUAUUAUUGCCGUUUUACCUAGUCAUUCAUCUGAAUUAUUGUGUGCAUUGAUUGAAUCAUUAUUUAUCACACAUACGGAAUGCAAUUUGAAUCAAACGGGAGAUUUAGUAUAUGAACGAAAGAAUCCAAUUGGUGCUUCAAACAGUAUCUGGUGUGCUAAUCUUGCACGUUAUGUAUGGCCACAUUUUUAA